CGCCAUUACGUUGAUUUCAUCUCUCUCGUGCGGAUGUCCUGACGGUUGGUUGGUGGUAUCGUUUGGUGUUGUUUCAAUCGCAUCGUGUUCCCAAAACAAAGAGUAUUAACAAAUAAACGAUAGUAUCGUACAAAAAAGAUUUUCGUUCGUUGUUUACAAGAAGAAAGCGCUGUAUUUUCGCAGAAGUAAAGCCGCGCGCGCCAUUUCACGAAGGUCAGUGAGCGUUGAACUACUACGUGCUUUCACGGCAUUCCGGGCGAUCUCGUUCGUAGUAAUAUAUUCUUGCAAGUUAGCUUAGUGUGGAUAAAAAUAGAAGGUUCUAAAACGAGCCGAAAAUGCCGGGUUUUAGCAGCGUUGGUACAUUCAAAAUUUUCAUCGGUAAUUUGGCUGAUAAAACAUCGAAUGCUGAUAUCAAGCCGCUUUUUGAGAAAUAUGGAAAGGUCGUAGAGUGUGACGUUGUUAAGAAUUAUGGAUUUGUGCAUAUGGAAAAUGAAGAAGCAGGAAGAAACGCAAUACAAAAUUUGAAUGGACAUAUAGUUCAUGGUCAGCCUAUAAAAUGCGAAGCUGCUAAGAGUCGUAAAGGACCCAACACUCCUACGACCAAAAUCUUUGUUGGCAAUCUCACAGAUAACACGAAAGCACCUCAAGUGCGCGAGUUGUUUGCCAAAUAUGGCACUGUCGUAGAAUGCGACAUAGUGAGAAAUUAUGGAUUCGUCCAUCUAGAAGCCACAGGUGACGUGAAUGACGCCAUUAAGGAGCUUAAUGGGCAAAUCGUGGACGGUCAACCUAUGAAGGUUCAAAUUUCCACCAGCAGAGUACGACAAAGGCCAGGAAUGGGAGAUCCAGAACAAUGCUACCGAUGCGGACGCGGAGGCCAUUGGUCCAAGGAAUGUCCAAAAGGAGGAAUGGGAGGAGGACCGGACAGGAACGGAUUCAGGGACCGAAUGUUUGGACGUGACCCGUAUCCUCCACCGCCGCCACCACCUUUCCUUCGGGACCGGCUAAUGGGUGGUGGCCGCUUUGGAGACUACGAAAGCUACUAUGACAGGAGGGGCUUCGACGACACCAGGGAUCUCUACGAGAGGCGGUUUACGGGUAUGACAGGGCCCUGUGACAUGGGAACUUCCAUGUGCGGGCUAGACUUUCCACCAAUGACAAUGCCACCUCUACCUCCAAGACGAGACCCAAUGCCUCCUAUGCCUCCUCUAGGUAUGGGAUCCAUGCGCGACACUGGCUUCUCCCGAGGCAACGAUUAUGGCAUGUUCAGCCGACGAUCACCCCCUCCGAGUGGCAACAACGGCCGGUUCAGUAGAGGCAUGUACGAGGACUUCAGCCGAGAUUCGUUCGAAGAACGUAGACCGGGAUUACGAGGGCCAUCGCCGUCGCGCCGGUUCGCACCAUACUAAAUCGUCGCGUCGGGCUCGGAUCGGUCUGUCGGUCUGUCCGUCUCUCUCUGUGUGUCGGGUCUGAUCGCUAGCAGGAAGCCUCGGGACCGAGAUACUCUUGGCCGUCUGUCGAUCUGCACGCGCGAAGAUCUGCCGCAACCGCUCUAUGAGAACAAGUACAUUCUGUCACCCGCAUUGCGCCCAUUAUUAGAUUACUCUAAAUAAAUAAACUAAUGACGAAAAGAAAAAAAAAAGAAAAAAGAAAAAAAAAAGAAUACCCACAACAACAACUACUAUUACAACAAAGUAUACAAAAAAAGAAAAGAAAAUACAAUAAGCGGAAAGAAAGCAACGCCGAAUCCACUGAGAAAUAAUAAUAAUAAUAAUAAUAAUAAUAAUAAUAAUAAUAUGAUAGACAAAGAAUGUCCUUGUCUGCGAUAGUAUACCGAAAAAACUGCGCAUAAAUUAAUCGUCAUAAACAACAAACUGAACAAAAAAAAAAAAAAAAGGAAAAUUGAAUAUCUGAAGUAAAAUUCAGACGAAAAUUUCACGGUCCCCAUGCAUCUUGAUAAGUCUGCCCUUCCAAAUCUUAUCUCCCUCUUGCCUUACUACAGCAACACCAUUACCACCACCAUCACAAUCUCCGCUACCCUUCCUCGUCCGAUAUGUAUAUAUAUAUAAAACUGUAUAUGUGUAUAUAUACAAGUACAUCCAUCUGUUUCUUUUAUCAGAGCACACGUAUAAUUAUUACUACUCCGUCGGAUUGCUCAUCGUUUAUUACGAUAUAUCGUAGGGAAACGAUAACGAACGAUUAGAUAGAGAGAAAGAAAAAAAAUACCAGAAAGUACAGGAAAAUGUUACUAUCCUCGACGGAAUCAUUUAAGCGAGCGAAAAAUAUAUAAAUUCGACGCACUAUUUAUCCGCCACUCUUCCACCAUAGUUACAAAAAGAAAAUUUCACCGCCCUUUCCACGCGUGUAUAUUAUUUAUUUAAUCGGCCUGUGUGCGUUGCGAUACAUCACGUACGCGAUUCUCAACGAUCGCGACUAUUUUUAUGUGAUCUGAACUUGUAUUAUUCGUUCGUUCGUUCGUUCGUUCGUUCGUUCGUUUGGUCGUUCGUUCGUUCGUUCGUUCGUUCGUUCGUUCGUUCGUUCGUUCGUUCGUUCGUUCGUUCGUUCGUUCGUUCGUUCGUUCAUCAGCGCGAUGUUUCAGCAGGGACUUUUUCAUCUUCUUUUUUUUUUUGUUCGGAUUCUCUUCCCUCUCUAAAAACUAGGAACGAAACGUCGUUAUUACCGAUCUUUUACGCGCGUUUAUGAAUGCGUGUGCGUGUAUAUGUGUGUUUGCGAUAGAAAAUAAAUAAAUAACUUAAAGAAAAAGCUUAAAAAAAAAUUAAAAAAAAAAAAGAAGGAAAAGGAAAAAAAAAUAAAAGUAGGUGAGAAGAGUGUGCUUAGUGGGCGAUUUUUUGUGGGAUCGUGAAAAUUUUCGCCAUAUUGUCAUCGAACUCGUGUGGUCUUUGUGUUUGUACCGUCGAUGGAUAGAAAAAUUCUUUUUUUUUUUCUCGUUGUUACUAACGUUUUCUCGGAUAUCGCUUCGAAAAAAUAUCACUCCUUCGGCUCAAAUAUAUGGCGUUAAUGUCCAAAUGAAUUAUAUGGUAAUUGUUCAUAUAUAUAUUCUUAUUAUAUAUAUAUAAUAUUAUAUAUAUAUAUAUAUAUAUAUAUAUAUAUACAUCAUUUUGGGAAAUUUUUCAUUUCAAUUUCGCAGCGAUACGUCGAUUUGAUUUUAGAACAAUUCGUGUAUGCGAUGUGCAAAUCGAUCGUUCGUUACGUUUCCUUCUAAUUUCUUUUUUCUUUAUCUUUUUCUUAUUUUUUUUUUUUUUUUUUUCCUUAUCAAAGGAAAAGUGAGAUCUCUUUUUUUCAUCUGUUUCUACGGCGGCAAAAGAAAACGUUUUUUAUGCGAUUUAUCGUGAUCUAUGUAAUUUAUUAGAAAUAAAAGGUUCUUUUUUUUCCUAUCAUCGCUCAGGUCCGUCGUUCGGUUCAAAGAAUAUUAGCGAUGCUAAUAAAACAAAAAGAAACAAAAUAAUAAUAAUAAUAAUAAUAACAAUAAUAAUAAUAAUAAUAUUGACGAUGUUAUUUGGCAUCGAACGAAAAGAAGCGCAAAAUUUUGUAUGACGUAUAGACAAGAUUAAAUGUUGAGUAUGUAUGUGUAUGCGUGUAUGCGUGUGACGAUCGUGGCCGAACGGUUUUCUUCGAUGAUUCGCUUUUCUGUUUUUUUUUUUAUUUUUUUUUUUUUUAUUUUUUUGAUUGUUUUCUUUUUUUUAAUCUAUCAUAGCGAUCUAACGUGAAUAGAAAUUAUCCUAGAUAUGAUAUAGUUCUUCGAGAUAAUAUUCCAUGCACGAUGUUUUAGGAAAAAGUGCCGUUCGGGGACUAGAAUGCGCAAAUUCAUAAUAAAAAUUUGACGACACGUGUUAAAAGGAAAAAUAUAUAUAUAUACAUAUUUAUAUAUAUAAUUUAUAUUUAUAUAUAUAUAUUUAUAUAUAUUUAUAUAUGUAUAUAUAUAUAUAUAUACAUAUAUGCACACACACAAAAAAAUGAAUAAAAAGACGAGUAAGAAACGUGCUUUCUAGCCUUCAGAAUGAGUUUCCUUUUAUUUUCGUCGGGCGAGGUGGGGGGAGGGAAGUAUGACGUUAAACGAUUACGCUAAUAAUUAGUUUAACGACUCGGAGAUUACGGUUGGACCUAUAAAUUCCGUAGAGAUGCGUCGAUUCUGUAUGAGAUAUCUUAAUUGGAUCGUGCGAACAUUUAGCGUGUAGUAACAUAACCAUUUUAUUAUAAAUAGGAUUAAUCGACGUAAAGUAAAGUAAAGUAAAGUAAAGUAAAGUAAAGGAAAGGAAAGAAUGACAAAAAAAUAAGACAGAAGGAAAAAACAAUCUAUUGAUGAAGAUCAAUUGCGUUUAACCACACGUAUUUGCGCUCGUUAUAUCUAUUAUAAAAAAAAGGAAAAGGAUUUAAACAAACA